GUAAAUACGAAUAUAUUUAUUGCAAAUAAGUAUGAAAUUAUUUUUGAAUUACAGCUUUUAAAAUUACUUAGACAUAAUAUUUUAACAAAAUGUCUGCGAUUCCAAUGGAUCAUGUCGUGGUUCAUCCACUCGUACUUUUGAGUGUUGUUGAUCAUUUCAAUAGAAUGGGAAAGGUAGGAAGUCAAAGCAGAGUUGUUGGGGUUUUACUUGGUCAAUGGAAAACAAUCGAUGGGAAGAAAAUUUUAGAUGUUUCUAAUAGUUUUGCUGUUCCAUUUGAUGAAGAUGUCAGAGACAGAGAAGUUUGGUUUCUCGAUCAUGAUUAUUUGGAACAAAUGUACAGCAUGUUCAAGAAAGUUAAUGCUCGCGAAAGAAUCAUAGGAUGGUAUCACACAGGACCAAAGCUAUGUCCUAACGAUAUUGCAAUUAAUGAAUUGAUAAAACGAUACAAUUCUAACGCAGUACUCGUGGUUAUUGACGCAAAACCUAAAGAACUUGGACUUCCAACUGAAGCUUACAUCUCUGUUGAAGAGAUUCAUGAUGAUGGCACACCCACUUCACGUACAUUUGAGCAUGUCCCAAGUGAGAUCGGAGCUGAAGAAGCUGAAGAAGUAGGAGUUGAACAUUUACUCAGGGAUAUCCACAACAUCACAGUAGGUUCAUUGUCCCAACGAAUCACAAACCAACUUCAAGGAUUGAAAGGCCUCAGCGUAAAACUGGUGGAAAUUAGGAAUUAUUUGGAAAAAGUUGCACAUGGUAAGCUUCCCAUCAAUCACACAAUCAUCUAUGAACUACAAAACAUAUUCAACCUUCUACCUGAUGUCAAUCUACUGGACUUCAGCAAGGCUUUCUACUUAAAGACAAAUGAUCAAAUGUUAGUUGUUUAUCUGGCAUCUCUAAUCCGGGCCGUGAUCGCUCUUCAUAAUCUAAUCAACAACAAAAUAUCGACAAGCGAUGCCGAGAAGAAUGACAGGAAACCGAAAAAAGCUGACGAUUCGAAAUCGGAAAAGAAAGAUGAAAAAGCUGACGGAGAUUCAAAGAAAUCAACAUCACGACCGAGCACAACUAGCGGGAAAAAGAAAUAAACCUAUGAAAAUAAUUUGCGUGGACGAUAUUAUAUUUUGUUCCUCUUUCUAUUUGAAAUUGCAGCACAGCGCCAGAUUCUUAUUCAAAAGCAAACGAGGAUUGGUUUAUAAUUUGUCGUGUUUGAAUUUUUAAACAUCCAUAGUUUCCAAAUGCAAUUUACAACAUACACUGAGCUCUUAAACUAGUAAAAUAGCAUUCAACACAAUUUGGGUUGAAGUUGGAGCUGAAUAGCAGGCAGUAAAUCUGUAAUAACAACAUGAUAAUGUGUCAGCUUCUGGGAAAGUAGGUUAAUUCUGAGAUUUAUAGGCAUGUAGAUAUUGAUGUCUGCGCAUCUGAACCACUUUGGUUUUGGAAAUCUUCUGACUUGAAGUAUUUUCUAAUAUUAUUUUAAUAUCUAGGCAUAAAAUGUGCUACUUCUCCUCUCGUUCACCGAGAUGUCCCUCUAUUGGAAAUAGUAAUAAAAAACCAUGCAUUUGUC